AUGUUAUCGUUCACAGCAUGGCGACACCGGCUGUUCUCAGGAAGACUUCCUGCGUACAGUGUCAAGAUGUGGGAUUUUAUACUGCUCUGGGCGGCCUUGAAAGUCUGUUCGGCCGUGGCUAAAACUGUGUCAUUUACGAUCAACUUAACAUGGGACUAUGGCGCCCCAGACGGUUUCAGCAGGAAGAUGAUUCUCAUCAACGGUACCUCGCCUGGCCCUCCCCUCCUCAUAGACCAAGGAGACAACGUCAAGUUCCUGGUUCACAACAAUCUGCCCAGUAACACCACCAUCCACUUCCACGGCAUCACUCAGCUCAAGACCCCCUGGUCUGACGGUGUCCCUGGGAUUUCACAGAAACCCAUUCUGCCGGGGGGUUCCUUCCUCUACCAAUGGACAGCUGAUGACUACGGCACGUCCAAGCAGUACUGGUAUCAUGGCCACUAUCUAUCUGACAUCAGCGAUGGCCUAUUCGGUCCGAUACACGUUAAUCCUAGCCCUCAACAGGCCCUACCGUACAGUCUCAUCAACUCAUCGCAGCCCGAGAUGGCAGCAAUGGAAACCGCAGCGACUGACCCCCAGCUCGUCACGAUAUCAGACUGGAGCCACCUAGACUCGAAGACUGUGUUCCAGGCAGAGCGUGACUCCAACCUUGAUUUGUAUUGCACAAACUCGAUCUUGAUCAACGGGCGAGGCAAGGUGAGCUGCCUGCUGAUAUCGACCUACAUGUCGCUCGCAGCACCCUCCACGCUGCAAGCCCUGCAAGGGCAGAACAUCACCGCGCAGGGCUGCACACCUCCUGGCAUCCCCGAGAUUGAGGGCAACUUUCAAUUCAACCUGAGUGCGCUGCCGCCCGUGCUGGCGUACUCGUGCGAUGCAACCAACACCAACCCGUCCGUCUUCUACGUCAACAGUACCGACCGCUGGGUCAGCUUCAACUUCAUCCUCAGCGCCUCCGUGCAGACCCCGAUGGUCUCCAUCGAUGAUCACGACAUGUGGAUAUACGCGGCAGACGGACAAUUUGUGCAGCCACAACGCGUCGACGGGAUGCUGAUGUAUAGCGCGCAGCGCUACUCGGCCCUCGUCAGACUUAAGGACAAGCCCAGCUACGACGGCUAUACCAUGCGCUUCUCCAACGUGGGAGGUAACCAGAUACUUUUCGCCACGGCACUGCUCUCGUAUGCCCCCAGCCACAAGAUUGUCACCGUCGCGCCAGACUCGCACGCACUUUUCAACCAGGCCGGCAACGCGACUAAUAGCUCGGUCGUGACCCUUGACGCAAGGACCAUCGCGCCAUAUCCCGCGAUCAAGCCCGCGCAGGACGUCAAUGCGACGCACAUUUACAAAGCUGGCCGCGAUGGCGCCGCCUGGAACUGGACCCUGAGUGGAAACCUCUCCUACCCAAUUUCCAUGGCGGACGGCCAUCCCCUCCUCUUCAGCCCCAACAGCGCCGCGGCCCGCAACCCAAACCUCACGAUCAGCACCAUGAAUGACACCUGGGUGGAUAUCAUCAUCCUCACCGACACCAGCAGCCAGAACCCUACGCAGCCACCACACUCGUUCCACAAGCACAGCAACAAGUUCUUCGUAAUCGGCAGCGGUACGGGUGACUUCAACUACACCUCCGUCAAGGAGGCUAUGCAGGCGCAGCCCGGAGCCUUUAACCUCGACAACCCCCCUUUCGCGACAGCUUCGUCUCGAUUCCUGCCUCACGUAGCGCCCGGCAUGCCGACUUGGAUCGCGAUCCGCUACCAGAGCAUGAACCCUGGCGCCUUCAUCCUGCACUGCCACGUCCAGCCUCAUUUCGCGGGCGGUAUGGCCAUGGCGAUACUUGAUGGCGUGGAUAAGUGGCCCACAAUCCCGGCAGUUUACGGCCCGAACAGCAGGAUGUAG